ACGACUGCCACCUAUUGUUUGGCUGAAGAUAUCAAUAGAAAGAGAGAGAGAGAGAGAGAGUUGUUAUGUCUGACGACUGAAAGACAGACAGACAGACUGACUGACUGACUAUACGUUCAAUCAAUUAGUUUCAGUUGAAAAAAGUCGGCGAUAUUUUCUGGUCUCUAUAUCUCUCUGGGCAUUCGUUUCGGUAGUUCGGUAACCGUUUUUUUGUUGUUGUUGUUGAUUGGUUGGUUGGCCACACAUAUCACUACCGCCACCGAACUCAAUCACCGAGACAUCCCCAGCGCGAUAUAUAGUGCCUAUCCAUCUGUCUAUCGGUUUUUUCGGUCACCCGCCCGGCCCGCCUCGAUAUCAAAUGACUGCCGGCGGUGGCAGCAAUGACCGACUACCGGCCGCUGCUGUAGCUGCCGCCGAAUUUGUCGAACGACCGUACGGACUGACCAGACGUCGGCGACGCGGAGCCAUCCGGAGGCGAAUGUUUACAGUCAAUGGUCACCGAUUUUUGGUUACAAUACUCAGACAGCCGACACAGUGUACACAUUGUCGGCAAUCGAUUCACGGCCUGAGAAUACAAGGCUAUCACUGUCGAGUGUGUUCAUCGGUCGUACAUAAAAAGUGUCAUCAAUUGUUGUCCACCCGUUGUAACCAUCGUUGUACUGAUGACGACGAAGACGACGGCGACGAUGAGGACGAAGAGGAUGAAGUGGAAGAGGAAGAUGAGGACAAUGACAACAACAACGACGUGUCGCCAGAUUUGCCGCCGACUCCGCCGAUACGUUAACCGUUAAGCCGAUAGUGUUAGUGUUAUGUGAUGUGAUCGUUACCGAUGAAGACCUUAUCUUUAUCUUAUCUUUUUAUGAUUUUAAUGAAGACAUCAAUUAUUAUAAUAUACAGUAUAUAUUGAUUUUAACCGAUAGUAACACCGAAACUAACUGAUCCACAAUGUGUU